ACAGGUGACCGUGAACGAUGAAGGGAAAGGAAUGGCUCGACCUGGCACUCUUGUUGGUGUUCAGCGUUGCAAGAGCUACGUCUCAGUGCGUUUCGCCAUCGCCUCUUGGCCUCCAGCUAAUGGUGGAGUACGCGAGGUGGAGAUCCCUGGACCAGCUCGUCAUCUUCGACAACUUGAUACCCAAGAAAUGUCAGCGACUUUAUGCCCGAUCAUUGAUGUCCUGCUGCAGCGAGAAAGGGAUGAAAAUAUCGAUACAUACAACGCUCGACGAACACCUCACAGAUAUUUUGCCGCAAGUAUUUUUGAUCCGAAGACACCGCGUUGGGACGGUAAUUUUUACGGACGGGCUAAACCUGACAUCGCCCGACAAUAUCCUGCUGUUGGCCUCGCAGAAGCAACUCUUCAAUUACUACAUCUCAUGGCUGAUAGUGGCAACAAAACGCAACGACGCGAUAAUUGACACCCUUCUCCGUGUUCUCAACAUCGGUAUCGACAGCGACCUCAUUGUCGCGACUUCACCUCUCUCUACAUCCCAGGCUCUAAACGUGACAAAUCAAUAUCUGAACAGGACGUGCACUGGACUGCAAAGAUAUGCGAAAGACUAUCGAGCGCCAAAAAUGCGGCGUACUAAAAACCGCGAAAAUUCAACGUACAACCUGGAUUAUGUUGUCCAGGAAAAUAAGACUGUUUCUUUCUACUUGUGCCACGUCUACAAGAUAAGAAACUCGGAGAAUUCGAGCCUUGUAAUCGACCCUCUGGGAUCGUGGAAUCCCGGCACCUACACGCUCAGGCUACCGGUCAGCGUAGAGCUGAGAAACAAUUUUCACGGCUUUCCGUUACUCGUUGGAAUUUUGAACUCCAGCAGCGAAGUACAGCCCGAUAACAUUGACGAGGAAGAGAUGGACGACAUCCUGCCCCUCUUGGACAUCAUGGCUUUCGUUGUCAGCGGCAUUAAUGCCAGCAUAGAGCUGGUGCCCCAUGAUAAACUUGGAACCGUGGUGAACAAAGCUUGGAGUCAUCUUCUUGGCGAUGUCGUUUCUGGAGUCGUUGACAUAGGACUGGGAAACAUAAACGUGAACGACGAACGUCAGCGAGGCAUGAGCUUCACGCAUCCCAUCAUUCAGUCAAUGAGAAACAUUUACUUCCAUCCCCCGGAAUCUGGUUCCAUGAGAGAUAUCUUUUUACAACCGUUCAACAAUCGACUGCUCGGAUGCGUCGCUGUUACCUGCAUCCUAAUGGUGCUAGCAAUGACGGCAAUAAAUUACGCAGGGAAACUCGCUCUCAGCGAUGAAACAGAAACCCGUACUGGAUUGGGUGAAGCAGGAUUAUGGUGCAUCGGCAUCAUGUGCAUGCAAGGGUCACCUUGGAGUCCCCGAAGUCCAUCUGGAAAGAUAGCGCUUUUAAGCUGCCUGAUAUUUGCACUCGUUAUUUACAACGCGUACGCCGGUUUCAUCACGUCAAUACUUUCGGUCCAAGCUGUGGGAAUCAAGUCAUUGGCGGACCUUCUUUUCAACAACUACAAACUCGGGUACAGUGGAAACGACGACGAGUAUAUACGGAAUGCAAACGACAGUAAUCUGCGUGAGCUGUACAUCAAGGCUUUCAAUGGUCGCGAGGCUGGGGUAGACACCACUUCCGGUCUGCAAAAAGCUGCGAAAGGUGGUUACGGAUUUUUCGUAAGUGCAAGAUUGGCUCGGCGGGCUCUCCGCACGACUCUUCUUCACAAUCGAUGCUCCCUCAAGGAGCUUGUAAUUCCCCAGACCUUCACAGUCGUCGCUUUACCAAUGGCCCACACCUGUCCCUACAAGAAGAUCAUCACUCAUAGCAUAAUGCGAAUUAGCGAGGUCGGAGUGUUGAGCCGAAUAAGCGAGAGGAUGCUGCCGAGAAUGCCGCAGUGCGAGGCCCCGACAACCUUCCACAGCGCUCGUCUGGCCGACGUUUACUCCGCAUUUGUCAUCCUCGUUACCGGGGUGAUAACUGCCCUUGCUCUAGGAAUAUUCGAACGAGUUUGGAGCCAGCGAAAAUCGGUUCGAGAAAAACUCACCCGAGCGAUCCACGUUCACCGGCGAGAAGGUCACGGCCACGGCCACGGCCAAGCGAACGACGCGGUAUCGACCUCUCGGAAGAAGGUCAAGGAAGAUUACCUUGAGGAUUCGGAAAACGUGCUCUCUCAGGAACUUGGGCGACGUGUUUUCACCUCGAGUGCUGCUGUCGGAUCACCGAGAAUCGGUUUACAGGGAACAAGCGCCGGGGGCGAUUUUUCCAUCGCAGGGAGACUUCGGAGCCGCGGGUUAUUCCCGACUCCGGGUAUCCUCGGAUCGUCAGAUUUUUCAGGCCUGAAAUUAUCAUCGCCAAGAAGACGGAGCAACGUUGCAUUGUCCCCUGUGGACGAUCAGGUUUCCGGCAGCAACGAGAAUCCGGAACCUAUUAUUCCCUUCCACGUUUAAUGACUCGUGAAUCAAA